AUGGUCCCCGAGGCAGAUCCUUCUGUACUAAAUCACAUUCCUGCGGCGGAACUAGCACAGAAGGCUGGGGUUGCAGAAGUUGUUGGUCGAGUGGUGUUGGAAAUUGCCGACAAAUCCAUUAGCACUCUUGGUGCUCACGACGAAGACCAGCGACUAGAAGAACAGCUCAUCGACGAUGUGCUUGUUGCGUUCCAGAUCAGAAUCAUCAUCGAUGAUUUGGCAGAUGUUAUCACUUUCGUCGAUCUGCACGCCAUGCAACCAUCAACCAGGAAUUUACUUCCCCGCUCGACGACCAUUCUGCGCAAUCGACGCGAAAACGUGCAAGAGAAUACCAUUGAAUUUGUGUGUGACGAAGACGGACGAUACGGCGGCAAUGAUUCCGAAAAAACUGUCCAAUACACAACAGCUGCGCUUCAUCUUUGGUGGACACGGGAAGUUGUCGAGCCAGCCACGCAGGUUAUCAAUUGCGGCGAGCAUGGCCACUUACCAAGGGAUGCUUCAUCAUCCCACUGCGUACCCCGACGUUCCAUUUUCGUAGCUGACGGCCCGACUCGAAUACCCUUCACGAUCUUGUUGGUAGCUGGUAUCGUCGAGUAA